AUGGCAGAUGGUACUCUGAUAUAUGAAGAUAGUUUGUUUGCCAAUCACAGCGAUGACACCAAACCCGGGAUCUCACAAGCAGAUAUUGUAGAUAUACAAAUGAACCUAUUCGUGCCCGCGAAUCCCAUCUCCGCAAGCUACCAGCCAGUGACGCCCUGGGAGCACACCGUGAAGGACCAGGAACAUGGAUAUCCGAUAUCUCAAUAA